AUGUUUUCCAAGCAGAUUCUCGCCCUGGCCCUGUCUGCGGUGGCCACCGAGGCCGUCUAUCAAGGCUUCAACUACGGCUCUACCAAGGUCGAUGGCAGCAGCAAGUACCAGUCCGACUUCGAGACGGAGUUCGAGACCGCCAAGAACCUCGUCGGCACCAAGGGUGGCUUCACCAGUGCCCGUCUGUACACUAUGAUCCAAGGUGGCUCUACCAGCGACCCCAUCUCGGCCAUUCCCGCCGCCAUCGAGAAGGAUGUCUCUCUUCUGCUCGGUCUCUGGGCCUCUGGUGGUAACAUGGCCAAUGAGAUCACCGCCCUCAAGGCCGCUAUCAACACCUACGGCGAGGACUUCACCAAGCUGGUUGUUGGUAUCUCCGUCGGCAGCGAGGACCUAUACCGCAACUCGGUCACUGGCGUCGAAAAUGAUUCUGGUGUUGGUCUUGACCCCGACGUUCUGGUCUCCUACAUCAAGGAGGUCAAGUCCGCCAUCUCCGGCACCAGCCUGAGCAGCGCCACUAUUGGUCACGUCGACACCUGGGAUUCAUGGACCAACAGCUCCAACUCUGCCGUUAUUGAUGAGCUGGACUGGCUCGGUUUCGACGGUUACCCCUACUACCAGACCAGCAUGUCCAACGGCAUCGACAACGGCAAGACCCUCUUCGACGAGGCUGUCGCGAAGACCAACGCUGUUGCUAACGGCAAGGAGGUCUGGAUCACCGAGACCGGCUGGCCCGUCAGCGGCCCUGAUGAGGGCGAUGCUGUCGCUUCCACCGCCAACGCCAAGCAGUUCUGGGACCAGGUCGGCUGCCCUCUGUUCGGUAACACCAACACUUGGUGGUACAUCCUUGAUGACGCUGGUUCCAGCCCCAGCUUCGGUGUGACCGGCAGCGCCUCUAGCACCAGCCCUCUGUUCAACUUGUCCUGUGGCAACACGACCACCAGCUCCUCCGUUGCCGCCAGCAGCUCCACUAAGCUCGCUGUUGCCUCCUCCAGCGGCUUCGCUACCUCCAAGGCCGGCAACUACGGUGUUGGCAAGCACAGUGCCACCCCGGCUACUUCCACCCCCCUGACCUCCGCCACCAAGGCUGCCACCUCCGGCUCUUCUUCGUCCUCCAGCUCCGGCAGUGGCUCCUCGAGCUCCUCCGGCUCCUCCGCUGGUUCUUCCUCCUCCAGCGCCGCCUCUGCUUCCUCCACCGUCCUGACCACCAACUCCGCCGCCCGCGCUUCUGGCUCCGCCUUCGGUGCCCUCGCCGCGGCCCUGGUCCUCGCCAUCGCUGUUUAA